AUGGCUUCAAGAUUCACCAUGAGCAGAGAUCGUCUAGCUGAGCUACGGGGCGCAAACAGUAACGAAAAGAAAUACGAUCGCCUUAGUGAUGAUGAUGAACCUGUACCUCCUAUGCCAACAGGUAGACAUGAUACUGGCUAUCGUCCUCCUGCUUCACCUUCACCCACAUACCAUCACGGAUCAAGAGGAGACAGGCAUGCUCCAGAGAGUAAAGAACAAUAUGAAAUGAGUCAAAGAGUUCCAUCUGAUAGUGCACUUCACUCUACUGAUCAAUUCUUUCAAGCCGUUGAAGAAGUGAAAGAGUUGAAUAAAAAGAUCCUGAGCAAUAUUUCCACCAUUGAAGAGCUACAUGGGUCAGCACUGACCAAUAUUACGGACGAGCAGGCAGCCGAGAAUUCAUAUAGACUAGAAAAGAUUGUCAAGCAGACCACUCAACUAAAUAACGAGUGUAAAAACAAGAUCAAAGCUAUUGAACUGAGUAAUGCCCGUAUGCCCGUUCAUUCUGGGGAUUUACCUAUGCGUAAAACCCAGCAUGCAGCACUAAAAAAGAAGUUUAUUGAAACAAUCCAAAGAUAUCAAGACAUAGAAAGAACAUACCAACAGAGAUAUCGACAGAGAGUAGAACGACAGAUCAAGAUCGUUCAACCGAAUGCUACCUCAGAUGAUAUCGAUCGUGUAUUGGAAUCAGAUGAACCACCUCAGAUAUUUGCACAAUCUUUGAUGCAAGCAAAUCGAUCAGGACAAGCAAGAGCUGUCUUGUCCGAAGUUCAAUCCAGACACGAUGAUAUAAAAAAGAUUGAAAAGACAAUACUUGAGCUACAUCAACUAUUUGUUGAUAUGCAAAUGAUGGUAGAACAACAAGGAGAAACACUUCAACAGAUCGAAACACAUGCAGAGAAUACACUCGUUGAUUUAGAGCAAGGUAAUAAAGAUAUUGAUAAAGCCAUUGUUAGUGCCAAAAGUACACGUGCAAAAAAAUGGAUGUGUUUUGUUAUUUUUAUUAUUUUACUUAUUGUAGCUGGUAUUUUAAUUUGGUGGUUCGCAUUUGACCACAAAGGUGUUUAA